UUCUCGUAAAAUAACCGCGGUGUGUAACAUUCCUCCGUCGCGUUUCCGCUUACCACGUCAUCUCUUCCCCUCGCUCGCACCUCUUUUACGAAAACCAAAACCCCCGCAUUCAAUUCCUCGGAUUCCUUCUUCAACACCUUCGCUUCUUGUCGCUCGCCAGAAAUCUAGGGCACGAAUCUUCGCCGCUUGGCCUCUGAAACCAUGAACAUUUUCAGGUUCGCCGGCGAUAUGAUGCACUUGACCAGCAUCCUGGUCCUGCUUCUCAAAAUCUACGCAACCAAAUCUUGCUCAGGGAUUUCGCUUAAGACUCAGGAACUUUAUGCGCUGGUGUUUCUGGCACGGUACUUGGACCUGUUCACGGACUUUAUCUCUGUCUAUAACACCAUUAUGAAGCUUGUGUUUAUAGUGAGCUCUACGGCCAUUGUGUGGUGCAUGAAGAGGGACCGGGUGGUGAGGCGUUCAUAUGAUAAACAGCUUGACACAUUUCGCCAUUACUUUCUCCUUGCUGCAAGCUUUGCUUUGGCGCUUCUUGUGAAUGAGAAGUUUACGUUUCAAGAGGUGGUUUGUUGUCAACUUUAAUUAGUCAUCCUGAGA